AUGCAGCUGAGCCGCGCCGCCGCCGCCGCCGCCGCCGCCCCUGCGGAGCCCUCGGCGCCGCUGUCCCCCGUGCCGGCCCCGGCCCCCCCCGGCCCCCUCCCGCGCAGCGCGGCCGACGGGGCUCCAGUGGGGGGGCAGGGGGGGCCGGGGCGCCGCGAGGAGCCCCGGGGCGCCCAGCUCCCGGCCGCGAGCGGCCACGGCCGGGGCGCGGGGAUGGACGGCCCCGGGGCCAGCGCCGUGAUCGUGCGCGUCGGCAUCCCGGACCUUCAGCAGACGAAGUGCCUGCGCCUGGACCCGGCCGCGCCGGUGUGGGCAGCCAAGCAGCGCGUGCUCUGCGCCCUCAACCACAGCCUCCAGGACGCGCUCAACUACGGGCUCUUUCAGCCGCCCUCCCGGGGCCGCGCGGGCAAGUUCCUGGACGAGGAGCGGCUCCUGCAGGAAUACCCGCCCAACCUGGACACGCCCCUGCCCUACCUGGAGUUUCGAUACAAGCGGCGAGUUUAUGCCCAGAACCUUAUUGAUGAUAAGCAGUUUGCAAAGCUUCACACAAAGGCGAACCUGAAGAAAUUUCUGGAAUACGUCCAGCUGCACAACACAGAGAAGGUGGCGCGCCUGCUGGACAAGGGGCUGGACCCCAACUUCCACGAUCCUGACUCAGGAGAGUGUCCUCUGAGCCUUGCGGCCCAGCUAGACGACGCCACGGACCUGCUGAAGGUGCUGAGGAACGGCGGUGCUCACCUGGACUUCCGCACCCGCGACGGGCUCACCGCUGUGCACUGUGCCACGCGCCAGCGGAAUGCGGCGGCCUUGACGACCCUGCUGGACCUGGGCGCGUCCCCCGACUACAAGGACAGCCGCGGCCUGACGCCCUUGUACCACAGCGCCCUGGGGGGGGGAGACGCCCUCUGCUGUGAGCUCCUUCUGCACGACCACGCUCGGCUGGGGACCACCGACGAGAACGGCUGGCAGGAGGCCCACCAGGCCUGCCGCUUUGGGCAUGUGCAGCACCUGGAGCACCUGCUGUUCUACGGAGCCAACAUGGGGGCUCAGAACGCCUCGGGGAACACAGCCCUGCACAUCUGUGCCCUCUACAACCAGGAGAGCUGUGCCCGCGUCCUGCUUUUCCGUGGAGCCAAUAAGGAUGUCCGCAAUUAUAACAGCCAGACAGCCUUCCAGGUGGCCAUCAUAGCAGGGAACUUUGAGCUUGCGGAGGUCAUCAAGACUCACAAAGAUUCGGAUGUUGUGCCAUUCAGGGAAACCCCCAGCUAUGCGAAGCGACGGCGGCUGGCCGGCCCUAGCGGCCUUGCCUCUCCUCGGCCCCUGCAGCGCUCGGCCAGUGACAUCAACCUGAAGGGUGAGGUGCAGCCAGCAGCUUCUCCGGGACCUUCACUGCGAAGCCUCCCCCACCAGCUGCUGCUCCAGCGGCUGCAGGAAGAGAAAGACCGGGACCGGGAUGGUGACCAGCAGAGUGACGGCAGUGGCCCUGCAGCAGGCAGGGGCAGCCAGAGUAAGAUCAGCCCGAGCGGUCCCGGCGGCCCCGGCGGCCCCGGUCCCGCGCCCGGCCCUGGCCCGGCGCCCCCCGCGGCCCCACACAGUGACCCUGAGCUCUUGGCCGUGACCCCUGGGGUGGGCGACAGAGCAAGGUUGGUUGGGGUGCUCAGCAUUGGGGAGGGCGGUUUUUGGGAGGGGACCGUGAAAGGCCGCACAGGCUGGUUCCCGGCUGACUGCGUGGAGGAGGUGCAGAUGAGACAGUAUGACACGCGGCACGAAACCCGGGAGGACCGGACGAAGCGACUUUUCCGCCACUACACGGUGGGCUCCUAUGACAGCCUCUCUGCACACAGCGAUUAUGUCAUUGACGACAAGGUGGCUGUCCUGCAGAAACGGGACCACGAAGGCUUUGGUUUUGUGCUCCGGGGGGCCAAAGCAGAGACCCCCAUCGAGGAGUUCACGCCCACGCCGGCCUUCCCGGCGCUUCAGUAUCUCGAGUCGGUGGACGUGGAGGGCGUGGCCUGGAGGGCCGGGCUUCGCACGGGGGACUUCCUAAUCGAGGUGAAUGGAGUGAACGUGGUGAAGGUCGGGCACAAGCAGGUGGUGGCUCUGAUCCGCCAGGGCGGGAACCGCCUCGUCAUGAAGGUGGUGUCAGUGACAAGGAAGCCCGAAGAAGAUGGGGCUCGGCGCAGAGCCCCGCCGCCCCCUAAGAGGGCCCCCAGUACCACGCUGACCCUGCGCUCCAAGUCCAUGACGGCGGAGCUUGAGGAGCUCGCCUCCAUUCGGAGAAGGAAAGGGGAGAAGCUGGAUGAGAUCCUGGCAGCCGCCACGGAGCCGGCGCUGAGGCCAGACAUCGCGGAUGCUGACUCGAGAGCUGCCACCGUCAAACAGCGGCCCACCAGUCGGAGGAUCACCCCUGCUGAGAUCAGCUCACUGUUUGAGCGCCAGGGCCUCCCAGGCCCAGAGAAGCUGCCAGGCUCCCUGCGGAAGGGGAUUCCACGGACCAAGUCUGUAGGAGAAGAUGAGAAGCUGGCGUCCUUGCUGGAGGGGCGCUUCCCGAGGAGCACGUCGAUGCAGGAUACGGUGCGCGAGGGCCGAGGUAUCCCGCCCCCGCCGCAGACGGCCCCGCCGCCCCCGCCCGCACCCCGCUACUUCGACUCCGGGCCGCCCCCCGCCUUCUCGCCGCCGCCUCCGCCGGGCCGCGCCUACGACACCGUGCGCUCUAGCUUCAAGCCCGGCCUGGAGGCGCGCCUGGGCGCGGGCGCCCCGGGCCUGUAUGAUUCCGGCGCGGCCCUGGGGCCGCUGCCCUACCCGGAACGGCAGAAGCGCGCGCGCUCCAUGAUUAUCCUUCAGGACUCGGCGCACGAGGCAGGCGACGUCCCCCGGCCCCCGCCAGCGGCCACCCCGCCGGAGCGCCCGAAGCGUCGGCCGCGGCCGCCCGGCCCCGACAGCCCUUACGCCAACCUCGGCGCCUUCAGCGCCAGCCUCUUCGCGCCGUCCAAGCCUCAGCGCCGCAAAAGCCCGCUGGUGAAGCAGCGGCAGGUGGAGGAUGCGCAGGAGCGCGCGGCCCUGGCCGUGGGCAGCCCCGGCCCGGCGGGCGGCAGCUUCGCCCGGGAGCCCUCCCCGACACACCGCGGGCCUCGGCCGAGCGGCCUCGACUACAGCGCCGGAGACGGCCCCGGGCUCUCGUUCGGCGGCCCGGUCCCAGGGAAGGACCGGCGGCUGGAGGAGCGGCGGCGCUCCACCGUCUUCCUGUCUGUGGGAGCCGUCGAGAGCAGCCCUCCUAGCGCAGAUAUGCCCUCCCUGCAGCCCUCCCGCUCCAUUGACGAGCGCCUGCUGGGGGCCGGCGCCACCACCGGCCGUGACCUGCUGCUGCCCUCCCCCGUCUCCGCUCUGAAGCCAUUGGUCAGCGGCUCGAGCCUUGGGCCUUCGGGCUCCACCUUCAUCCACCCGCUCACCGGCAAACCCCUGGACCCCAGCUCACCCCUGGCCCUUGCCCUGGCUGCCCGGGAGCGGGCUCUGGCCUCUCAGGCGCCCUCCCGCUCCCCCACACCUGUGCACAGCCCUGACACCGACCGCCCUGGGCCCUUGUUUGUGGAUGUGCAGGCUCGUGACACUGAGCGAGGGCCCCUGGCCUCCCCAGCCUUCUCCCCGAGGAGCCCCGCCUGGGUUCCUGUGCCUGCUCGCAGGGAAGCCGAGAAAGCUCCCCGGGAGGAGCGCAAGUCACCGGAGGACAAGAAGUCCAUGAUCCUCAGCGUCCUGGACACAUCCCUGCAGCGGCCAGCCGGCCUCAUCGUCGUGCACGCCACCAGCAAUGGGCAGGAGCCCAGUGGGCUGGGGGCCGGAGAGGAGCACCCGGGCACCCCAGAGCUGGCCCCGGCCCCCACGCAGUCGGCCGUGGUGGCAGAGCCCCUGCCUAGCCCCCGGGCCCAGCCUCCUGGCAGUACCCCGACAGACCCCGGGCUGGGCCAGGGCAGCUCAGAGGAGGAGCCGGAGCUGGUAUUCGCUGUGAACCUGCCGCCGGCCCAGCUGUCCUCCAGCGAUGAGGAGACCAGAGAGGAGCUGGCCCGCAUUGGACUCGUGCCGCCUCCUGAAGAGUUUGCCAAUGGGGUCCUGCUGGCCACCCCACUCCCUGGCCCAGGUCCCUCGCCCGCCACGCUGCCAGGCCCGGCCUCAGGGAAGCCGAGCAGCGAGCCGCCCCCUGCCCCCGAGUCCGCAGCGGAUUCGGGGGUGGAGGAGGCCGACACGCGCAGCUCCAGCGACCCCCACCUGGAGACCACGAGCACCAUCUCCACAGUGUCCAGCAUGUCCACCCUGAGCUCGGAGAGCGGGGAACUCACCGACACCCACACCUCCUUCGCCGACGGACAUACUUUUCUACUCGAGAAGCCACCAGUGCCUCCCAAGCCCAAGCUCAAGUCCCCGCUGGGGAAGGGGCCGGUGACCUUCAGGGACCCGCUGCUGAAGCAGCCCUCGGACAGCGAGCUCGUUGCGCAGCAGCACCACGCCGCCGCCGCCGGGCUGGCCUCCGCUGCCGGGCCUGCUCGCCCUCGCUACCUCUUCCAGAGAAGGUCCAAGCUGUGGGGGGACCCCGUGGAGAGCCGGGGGCUCCCCGGGCCCGAAGACGACAAGCCAACUGUGAUCAGUGAGCUCAGCUCCCGCCUGCAGCAGCUGAACAAAGACACCCGCUCCCUGGGGGAGGAGCCGGUUGGCGGCCUGGGCGGCCUGCUGGACCCUGCCAAGAAGUCGCCCAUCGCGGCAGCUCGGUGA